AGAGUCGUCAAUGGCACGGUUGGGGAAAGGCAAAGGAAAGGCUCAAGAGAUCGUCCGACAUGAAUGCUCGUCGUGUGGCGAGUCCUUUCAUCAUUUUGAUGUGAUCCGGCUCUCCUGCCAGCCAGAACCACAUAAUUACUGUCGUGAUUGUCUUCGUGGGAUGUUUGAAGCAUCGAUGACCGACAGUGGCUUGUUUCCACCUCGCUGUUGUAAGGGUCACAUUCCUCUGAGCUCAGUUCAAGACUUUUUCACGAGAGACUUUUUGGCCGAAUUCGAAAUCCGAAGAAUUGAGCUCUCGACGCCGAAUCCGACAUACUGUUCAGAAGAGCUAUGCCACCGAUUCAUCCCACCAGACAGAAUACAGGCCAGUGUUGGUACUUGUCGGGGAUGCAACCGCAAGACCUGUGCUGUAUGCAAGAGCCCCCAACACGAUGGACUCUGUCCCGAGGAUAAAGACACCAAGUCGUUACUCUCGACGGCACAGGAGAAGGAAUGGCAGCAGUGCUUGAAGUGCCGGCACAUGGUAGCAAUCGAUGCCGGAUGCAAUCACAUUGAAUGUCCCUGUGGUGCCCAGUUCUGCUAUGAAUGCGGCAAGGUAUGGAAGACGUGUCAAUGUGACCACGCGAGGGUCGACCGAAUCAUCUAUACGGAUCCAAAUUCCAGGUCAGGAAAUGUACGAGCUCGAGAAGCACCGGUAUGGCCAAGUCCUCUUCAAUUGGACUGCGAACACAGACCCAACGGAGGCAGAUUUGAUAGAUAUUUUGCUGUCAAUGGCAAGGACUUUAUCGAGUGUCGCGGAUGUCAUAGCCUAUUCAGACGGUACAUAUUCGAGUGUCAAGACUGUAAUCUUCGGGCAUGCUUGAAUUGCCUGAGACACAGAUUUUGAAGCCCCCGCUUGCCUAGCUAUUACUUUAUAGGUGGUAUGAUAUAUCUAGAGAGCUCUGGAACCCCAUACCUCAUUGCAGAAUGUUGCUCUAUCUUACUGGGACUGGAAAUGCUCAAGCGGCGUUGUGAUAGAAAAGUUGUACUAUCGCUUUGUG